AUGGAUUCAUCAACAACUCCUAAUGGAAAAGACAUUGCCAAUCAAAGAGACCAAGAGACAGAAACCCAAGAAACACAACAAGAGUUUGCAUCUCCUGACAAUUCAGGAAAAAGAAAAGAAGUCCCCAGCUCAAGCAGACCUACAUCUCAGCCAGCGAAGGCCACUAAGGUGUUUAGCUCACGGUCAACUGUUUGGGAUCACUACACAAGGACACCAGACAAUCGAGACAAAUGUGUCUGCCACUAUUGCAAGAAGACGUUCGCUUGCCCAACCAAAUCCGGGACAUCCAACCUGCAGAAACAUCUUAAUACCUGCAAGCAUUACAAAGCGUGGGAAGAGGGGAAAGUUCGUGCUCAGCCUGUGAUCAGCGAAGAUGGUUAUCUGAAGGACGCCAAGGUUUCAGAAGAUUUGUUCAAGGAAGCUACAAAUGAGAUGCUUAUCAUCGGUGAGAUGCCACUUGCCUUUGUUGAAAGCUUGGCAUGGAAAUGUUUCUGCAACAAAAUGAAUCUGCCCAAACCACACUCGAGGAGGACUGCAACAAGACAGAUUGUUGAGAUGUAUGUGAAGAGGAAGGCUGCACUGAGGGAAUGGUUCAAAGUUAACAAGCAGCGAGUGUCUUUAACAACUGAUAUAUGGAUCGCUCAAUCAACAGGUGCUAGUUAUAUGGUGAUCACAUCUCAUUUCAUCGAUGCUGCUUGGAAACUGAAGAAGCUGAUCCUUGGUUUUAAGUACAUCACUGAUCACAAAGGUCAGACCAUUUCAACCGUUCUGCUUGAUUGUUUAUCUGAGUGGGGUAUAGAGAAGGUUUUCUGUAUCACUGUUGAUAAUGCGACUGCAAACACAUCGGCUCUUAGGAAGUUUAAGAGUAGUUUUGCAUUGCUUGGUAAUGAUGCGUUUGUUCUGCAUGGGGAUUUUAUGCAUUUGAGAUGUUCUGCACACAUCAUAAACUUGAUUGUGAAAGAAGGUUUGGCUGCAGUGGAUUUUAAUGUUUCUGCUAUCCGGAAGUUAACAAGAGGAAGUUUGCCUUUGGAUUGCAAGACUCGCUGGAACUCAAUGUAUUUGAUGUUGUCAAGGGCUAUUGAGUUCAGGGUAGCAUUCAACAAGAUGGAGGCAGAGGACCGGCUAUACAAUGAUCACUUCUUGGAGUUUGAGAAUGGAAUCAAGCGCAUUGGACCUCCUGAGAUUGUUGAUUGGAAUGCAAUUGAGAGGUUAGUGUGGUUCCUCAUCAUCUUCUACAACUCUACUUUGGUUGUAUCUGCAUCGACUUCUCUGAACUCUUUUAAAUGCUACGGUGAGAUAGUCACAAUAGAGAAGAACUUGAUAGGAUUGACCCGUAGUUUAGACUCGGAUUUGAAGGGUAAGGCUGAGGAGAUGCUUAAGAAAUUUGAUAAGUAUUGGGAUGGUAUGAGGAACAUCAACAAGAUGCUGAUUGUAGCUACUGUCUUCGAUCCUACAAAGAAGAUGCAGUUUGCUAAGAUGUGUUUCGAGAAACUUUAUGGUAAAGACACUGCAGAUGCUCAAGAAAUGUUUCAGUCUGUCAUGGAUGUUCUUCGGGAUUUGUUCAAAGAGUACAGUGCUUGGUUUCAUACUGAUGAAGGCGUUCAAGCAUCUCAAGCUCCACAACCAGCAUCAUUCGGUAGCCAAGAGCAGCCAGCAUGUGAAAGAAUCAAUCUGAUUGAUGAGUCGGGGUAUGAGAGGAUGGACUGUAUGUAUGCGGAGUUGGUUGAUCUGAUAGAGGAUCGAGAAGCAAAAGAUGAGUUGGAAACUUAUCUGAAAGAGAGUGUUGUCAAUCCGAGAACCAUGCUUGGAGUGGAGUUUGAUGUUCUGUCUUGGUGGAAGGUUAAUUUCUCAAAGUUUCCGAUUCUUGCAGAGAUUGCUCGUGAUGUCCUUGCGAUGCAAGUGUCAUCUGUUGCUUCUGAAAGUGCAUUUAGCACUAGUGGUCGAAUCAUUUUCCCUCAUAGAAGUUGCCUAACUCACUAUAUGAUUGAAGUGCUAAUGUGUUUAGAGCAAUGGAUGAAGGCAGAUCUUCGUGGCAGUGAAGGCAGAGUGGUGACAAUGGAACAAAUUCUUAGUGAAUUUGAGUAUGAAGACAAGCUCAAGCGAGAUUAUGAUUCUCAAGCAACACAAGAAGAAUAA